AUGGUGUCUCCUCAAAUUACCAACCUCGCCAUCAUCUUGGUGAUGAUGCAGCUGUCCAAGAAGGUUCCCUUUGAGGACCCUCAAGUCUUGAUGCUGGUGCGCGCAUGCUAUAUCCUGUCUAAUCUUCUCAUCCUGGCUGUCCACCUGUACACCCACCUGAAGAUCAACCAAAAGAAGGACAUGACAACCCUCAAGUACGUUGAGCCCCCCACGAUGGGUAGCACCGAGGAGCCGAAGCCCGUGACGACCACCAACAUGGACUACGACAAGGCUCAGCUGCGCCAGCUGAUCCGCAGCCAGCUGAUGGGUGUCGGCAUGAUGGGCGUGAUGCACCUGUACUUCCAGUACACCAACCCCCUCCUCAUCCAGUCGAUCAUCCCCCUCAAGGGCGCUUUCGAGUCCAACCUGGCCAAGAUCUACGUCUUCGGCAAGCCCGCUACUGGUGAUCUCGCCCGUCCCUUCAAGGCCGCCGGUGGCUUCAUGUCCCAGGGCGGACCCAAGAGCGAUAAGGCCUCCAUCGAGGCGGCCGAGAAGAACUGGCGCGGUGGUGUCAAGGAGGAAUAAAUACAAAC